UCUAUCGCACCACCAUAUCCAUAUCCCCCACACUCACAGAUACACACCUCUAGACCAUUAUGUCUCACGACGCCCUCAUCGCCGAAUGGCACGACCGCGCCCAAGCCUUUGAGCCGCUCGACUUGAAGAAGCUACAACAACCGCUCGGCGAGCUGGACAACCAUCUCACUCUCCGCUCCUACAUUGUCGGCUACACCUGCACCGACGCUGACAUAGCAGUAUGGAAAGCCAUUCGGUCCAAUCGCGUCGCGUAUGGCUUCAUCAAGGGCGGCGCAAUGGCGAGUCUGUGGCGCUGGUUCAACUUCAUCGCCGAGACGGAGAAUCCGCAGCUCGACCAACACUCUUCGGCCGGUGGCAAGGACGGGGUCAACGGUGUGAAGGAGACUACCGACACUGGUGCGAGCUACGACAUCGGACUUGAAGGGACCGAGAAUGGCGUUGUGACUCGUUUCCCGCCCGAGCCGUCGGGGUACCUGCAUAUUGGCCAUGCGAAAGCGGCAUUGCUGAACGAGUACUUUGCGCACAAGAAGUACAAGGGCAAGAUGAUUGUGCGGUUCGACGAUACGAAUCCAAGUAAGGAGAAGCAGGAGUAUCAGGAUGCUAUCUUGAAGGAUUGCGAGUUGUUGGGCGUAAAGCCGGAUCAGGUCACAUAUACUAGUGAUUACUUUGAUGAUUUGUAUAAGCUGUGCGUGAAGAUGAUGGAAGAGGGUCAUGCGUAUGCGGACGAUACGCCGCAGGAGCAGCUGAGAGAUGAGAGGGAGAAGAGGAUCGAGUCUAGGCAUCGCAAUGCUGGGGUGGAGGAGAGUUUGAAACACUUCGAGGAGAUGAAGAGUGGCAGUGAGGAGGGUACGAAGUGGUACAUCCGAGCUAAGAUCGAUAUGUCGAGCAACAACGGCGCCAUGCGCGACCCGGUCAUCUACCGCUGCAACCCGCAAGCGCAUCACCGGACCGGAAGCGCCUGGAAGAUCUACCCAACCUAUGACUUCGCCUGCCCCGUCGUCGAUAGUGUCGAGGGAAUCACCCAUGCGCUCCGCACGACCGAGUACAACGACCGCGACGCGCAGUACCAGUGGUUCCUCUCCGCGCUGAAACUACGACAUGUGUAUAAUUGGAACUUCAGCCGCAUGAACUUCAUCCGCACUCUACUCUCCAAACGCAAGCUGACCAAACUCGUCGACUCUGGCGUCGUCUGGGGUUGGGACGACCCGCGUAUGGCCACCGUACGAGGUAUCCGUCGCCGUGGUAUGACGAUCCCGGCUCUGCAGGAAUUCAUUCUCAAACAAGGACCGAGCAAGAACAUCAAUUACAUGGAUUGGACCACCUUCUGGGCAACCAACAAACAGUACAUCGACCCCAUCGCGAAACGGUAUACAGCCGUCGUCAAAGAAAAUGCGGUCACGUGUACAGUUGCGGGAGCGCCUGCGGCACCGCGGACGGAAGAUAAGGAGGUGCAUGCCAAGAAUGCCGAGCUGGGGACGAAGAAGGUGGUGUACAGUCGGAGUGUCAUUCUGGAUCAAGCGGACGCUCAAUCCUUCGCCGACGACGAGGAGAUCACGCUUAUGAAUUGGGGCAAUGCGAUUGUGAGGAAGAAGACGUAUACGCUUAAUCCGGUCAACAUGGUCGCCAGCGCUGUUAGCAGCGUCACGAACGGCUCGACGGGAUCGGCCGAACGGACCAUCGCCUCGCUGGAGCUCGAACUCCACCUCCAAGGCGACGUGAAGAAGACCUCGAAGAAAAUCACUUGGCUGUCCACGGAUCAGGAACUCGUCCCGCUUUCCCUCUACGACUUUGACUACCUCAUCACGAAGGAUAAACCCGAUGCAGACGACGCGCUGGAGGAUAUCCUAAAUCAUAAUACAGAGUCUAAGACGGAGUGCUGGGCGGAUUGCAACGUGGCGGAGUUAAGGGAGGACGAUGUGGUGCAGUUUGAUCGGAAGGGGUAUUUCCGCAUCGACAAGGCCAUGAAGGGUGGGGAGAGUGUUGUGGCGUUUCAGAUCCCGACUGGGAAGAAGAUGUGAGGCGUCACAGGUGG